CGCGUUUCCUGGCGACCAUUAACGCUUAGCAGUUGGAGUAGUGGGAGGUGGCGGGACGGUGAGCACAGGAGCUUCACCCGCCAAUUGCCGAGCUCUCUAGGAGUCCCUGACAGACGCAGAGCCCGGGAGAAGGACAGAUAGGCCCUCCGGACGGAAGGAAACCUGGGACAUAGGCACAGAAACUGCCCCAGCGUCUCUCGCCGGCUCCAGGACGCCCCGUCCUCCACCUCAACGAGGGGGCCUUCCAGCCCAGGGUUAAUGCCAACGAGUUUCCACCUCCAGCCGCUCCUAGAGAGGCCGCAGCGCUAGCCAACGGGGGAAACUGGCCGCGGACGGACACUUCCUGUGCGGGGGGAGGGGGUCGGACAACCGCAGCCCAGCCGGGGGCUGGGAGGCCAGACUGCGGGGUCUCGGGUGGGAAGAGGUCUCUGAAGGCGGUAGGACGCGUCGUGAAGCCCCUCGUCUCCGAGGCCACGACGCGUGGGGACCUGUGAGGGCCCCAGGGCAAGCCGAGACCUUGUGGGUGGUGGAGGGGCCGCGGGGAGGGGAGGGGCUCGGCCGGCCCUAGAGGCCCAGGGUCAAGACGUCCGGCCUUGGGGGCCCGGGCUGGGCAGCCGGGUCUCCGGGGCGGCGCUGAGUGGGCGGGCAGCGAGGGCCCUGGUCUCAGGGCGCUCAGGCCGGGUUUCAGGAUCAUCCGCCAUCGCCACUGCUGCCGCCGCACUGGGAGCCUGCGGGGAUGGAACGGGAGGCGUCGCCGUGGGGCCUUGAGCCCCGGGAUGUGCAAAGUCCUGACGAAAUAGGGAGCCCCGAAGGGUCCCUCAAAGGCAACAUCAGUGAGAAUGAGGAAGAGGACAUUUCUCAGCAAGAAUGCACUGGGGACUAUGAGGUCGAAGAAAUACCUUUUGGGCUUGAACCCCAGAGCCCUGGGUUUGAGCCACAAAGCCCAGAGUUUGUACCCCAAAGCCCCAGGUUUGAGCCUGAAAGCCCAGGUUUUGAGUCCCGAAGCCCUGGGUUUGUGCCCCCAAGCCCUGAAUUCGCACCCAGAAGCCCAGAAUCAGAUUCUCAGAGCCCUGAGUUUGAACCACAAAGUCCUAGAUAUGAGCCCCAAAGCCCUGGGUAUGAACCCAAGAGCCCUGGGUGUGAACCCCGGAGCCCUGGAUAUGAAUCUCAGAGCUCCAGCUAUGAACCCCAGAACCCUGAGUUCAAAACCCAAAGCCCUGAAUUUGAAGCUCAGAGUUCCAAAUUCCAGGAAGGAGCAGAGAUGCUUCACAGUCCUGAGGGAAAGAAUCCUUUGAGCAUCCCCUUGGGAGCCCAUCCCUUGGACUCCUUCACCCAGGGGUUUGGUGAGCAACCCACAGGGGGCCUGCCCCUUGGGCCACCUUUUGAGGUGCCUACGGAGGCCCUGCUGGCUACACCCCAGUUUGAGAUGCUCCAAAAUCCUCUGGGCCUGACGGGUACCCUGCGGGGUCCAGGCCGAAGGGGUGGCCGGGCCAGGGGUGGGCAGGGCCCUCGGCCUAAUAUCUGCGGCAUCUGUGGAAAGAGCUUUGGGCGGGGCUCCACCCUGAUCCAGCACCAGCGUAUCCAUACAGGUGAAAAGCCCUAUAAAUGUGAGGUCUGUAGCAAGGCCUUCUCCCAGAGCUCUGACCUCAUCAAACACCAGCGCACCCACACGGGUGAGCGGCCCUACAAGUGUCCCCGUUGUGGCAAGGCCUUCGCUGACAGCUCUUACCUGCUUCGCCACCAGCGCACCCACUCUGGUCAGAAGCCCUACAAGUGCCCGCACUGCGGCAAGGCCUUUGGUGACAGCUCCUACCUCCUGCGGCACCAGCGUACCCACAGCCAUGAGCGGCCCUACAGCUGCCCCGAGUGUGGCAAAUGCUACAGCCAGAACUCAUCCCUGCGUAGUCACCAGAGGGUGCACACUGGGCAAAGGCCCUUCAGCUGUGGCAUCUGUGGCAAGAGCUUCUCCCAGCGCUCGGCACUUAUCCCCCAUGCUCGCAGCCAUGCCCGUGAGAAGCCCUUUAAGUGUCCUGAGUGUGGCAAGCGCUUUGGCCAGAGCUCUGUGCUGGCCAUCCAUGCCCGCACCCACCUGCCAGGCCGCACCUACAGCUGCCCUGACUGCGGCAAGACCUUCAACCGCUCCUCCACUCUGAUUCAGCACCAGCGCUCCCACACAGGCGAGCGGCCCUACAGGUGCGCUGUGUGUGGCAAGGGCUUCUGCCGCUCUUCAACGUUGCUGCAGCAUCAUCGGGUUCACAGCGGGGAGAGACCCUACAAGUGCGAUGACUGUGGCAAGGCCUUCUCACAGAGUUCUGACCUCAUCCGUCACCAGCGGACCCACGCUGCCGGCAGGCGCUGACCUGGGGUGCUGUCAGGGGCAGGGCGGUGGUGGGCAGAAGAGGAGGGGACAGGGAGCUAGAGAAAUCUUUAGAAUAGUGGAAAAGCUGGAGGAGAAAGGAAGAGUUGAGGGUUAUAGGAAAAGGGGGCCAGGGUGGAGGAAGUUACAUGCCCUGGAGACUUAUGGGAAAUGGGUAAUGAAGAGGGGUUGGAGGGAGGCCAAACAGGCAGCAGGAGGCUCUGGGAGAAUCCAGAAAGAGGUCAACAGAAAGCUGGCCUCAGCAGCAGCAUGCCCCUUGGUGGGUGCUAGAUGGGGGUGGGGGGAGGGAGGGGUUGGGUUCCUAAAUUAGAGUAGGGUAGCCUAGAUUGGUAGCUACUGAGACCCUUGUUCAGUCAGGAAGGGGUGAAGGCAGGUGGGAUGGGGAGUAAAGCCCAGAGUGGGGCCUACGCCUCGGAGUGCAAACCCUAGCCUCCCUUGUCUUCUCAGGCUUUGGAGCCCCUGAAUUUGAGUUCAAUAAAAACCUUUAUGUGGUAAAAGA